CCGUCUGAACCAGAAGUAGCUCGGGAACUUAGCCUUAAUGGGUUUCUCAAAGAGCAGAGCAUCAAAGUUGGGAAAGUCUUGGACUAUGAGCUUGAUGCCAGAGUCAAGAUUGUGCUUUCCGGGCCUUCGAACAGUACGAGUUCAAUGGUGGCGGCAAUAUGUUAUGCAUGGUUGUUGGAGAACAGAAUGAGGAAAGAAAGUAAAGAUGGAGAGGAAUUUGUGGUGAUACCUGUGAUGAAUGUGAGGAGAGAGAAAAUGUGGAAGCAAAAACAGGCUGCUUGGCUCUUUUACCAUGUUGGUCUUGAGGUUAAUUCAUUGUUUUUUGCUGACGAGGUGGACGUGGAAGGUCUAAUGAUGGCUGGGAAAUUAAGCAUGCUCGUGGUUGGGCAAGAUGUUCUCGAAACUAACGGCGAGGAUGGAUCUCAGUGCACCAUUCUUACUGAUAAUUAUUGUGAAGAUGCUUAUGAUCUACUUCAAACCCCUGUGGUGAAAAAACUUUUGCUUGCAGCUAUCCUAUUAGACACUCAGAAUCUAAAUGCUUCUUCUCAAAUUUCUAUGACAAGAGAUGCGGAGGCAGUUCAGCUGCUUUUAGUUGGCUCAACCCCCAAUUACCGCAAUUCCCUUUUUAACCAACUGAUCCAAGAUCAAAGCGAUAAUUCCUUUUUUGAUGCCCUGCAGUGUAAUUAUGGGGUUCCUCUUGAUGAGAGUGGCUAUCAGAAUGGGGAGCAUGUGGAGCAUGGGGUUUCAGAGAGGAAAUCAACAUCUAUUCCUCACCGUGAAGAUAUUGUGCAAUAUUCAGACAAGAAGUCUAAUAAUGCAAGAAGUGAAAAAGCUACAAAGGUUUCACCAAAAUCAGGUAGAGCAAGUUCAUCAGGCCCCAAAGUGCCUUCAGAGAGGAAAUCAAGAUCUAUUCCUGACAAUGAAGGUAGCACGCAAAAUUCAGACAAGAAGUCUAUUGAUGCAAGAAGUGAAAAACCUACAAAGAUUUCACAAAAAUCAGUUAAAUCAAGUUCAUCAUCAAAUCCCAAAGCACCAUCACCACCUGAUCCGCCGCGUGGAAAGAACAAGUUCUUCCUGGCAAAAUGGUUUGGUUUGUGAGCAAAAUGUGGAGGGGGAAAAAAAAAAAAAAAAAAAAUUCUUUCCAACUGCUAACUGCAAAUUGCAGACAGUAAUACCUGAAUUUUGUUGUAAGAUGAAUAUCAUUUCUUGGAUUACCGACUGGUCAACAAAAGGUAAGUUGGAUUCAUUCAAACUAUAACCAUACCUUAUAGUGUUUGUCCCUAAACGUCUGAUUGCAUAGUGUUCAGAAAAGGAUUGAAAUAGCUCGACAUGGCGUACAUGGCAUCCAGUGUGUGUCGCCUAUUCAUUUAUUUUUAUCGUCAUUGUAAACGACGAUCACGUUUUGGCAGCUGAUUAUUUUGUAUUGGUAAUAUCGGCCAAGGAUAUGUAUACACACCUUUUCUUCUCUGUUGUCAUAUUGUUUUUGUUGCUCUUCAUGAUGUGACAUUUUGCUGUAGAUAAUGUUGUUCUUGUCUAGUGAAAUAUUUUUGCUAUUCUUUCCUUGAGAAGUUAGCUUGUUUUGGAUUA